AUGUUUGGGCACGGCCGGAUGGGCCAGGCCAUGGCCCUACUGCUGUUCCUGGGCAUGACAGCGGCGCUGGCCUGGGGCUGCCUGCAGUGCGACCCCAACUUCUCGGAGAAGUUCUCCUUCUACCGUCACCACGUGAACCUCAAGUCCUGGUGGGUGGGUGACAUCCCCGUGUCGGGGGUGUUGCUCUCCGAGUGGAGCCACAACACGAUGAAGGAGCUCCAUUUGGCCAUCCCCGCCGAGAUCACCCGGAAGAAGCUACAUCAAGUAGCAGAAGCCGUGUAUCAGAGGAUGGACCAACUGUACCAGGGGAAGAUGUACUUCCCAGGAUAUUUCCCCAAUGAGCUGCGGGCCAUCUUCCGGGAGCAAGUGCGCCUCAUCCAGAAUGCCAUCAUAGAGAGUGAGCAGCGGGCUCCACAGAGGGGACAAUGCUCGUGGCCGCUGGCACAUCAGGGCCGGGGGCACGGAAAACAGGGCUCAGGAAGGAGUGGCUCUGCAGGAGGCCCUUUUGCAUCAAUGGUGGCCAGCUUGCCCAUCACCCCCUUAUUUCUGUCAGACUCGCCUCUGGUGGCACCUGGGAACAUUGUAACCACCCUUCCCUCAGGCCGCAUCGACUGUCAGCGUCACUGUGGCAUCUUCCAAUAUGAGACCAUCUCCUGCAGCAACUGCACAGACUCACAUGUUGUCUGCUUCGGCUACUACUGCAAGUCAUCACCACAGUGGGAGUCAGCUGUACAGGGCCUUCUGAAAUACAUAAACACCUGGCACAAGUAAGUUCCUGCUGGAAUCCAAGUGCGUGGGUACACCUUAUGGUGAGGGCUCGAAGCUGGCAGAGGCCCAGGAGGACCUUGCCCACACCCUUCAAGGCUCUCCAAGCUCAGCUGGAGGAAGGGAGCAAACCAUCCUGGCUGAAGGGGCUUCAUGAAACCUAGGCUACCCUGAGUUGGUGGCAGAGUUGGAGGGUCUAACUGGAGCCCCAUUCUAUUUCAGACAGGAUGUAAAGAUGAGGUAAGACCAGGCUUUCCGCUGGAGCGGGGGUGGGGGUGGGGGUUUAGGGGAGGAAGGAGUAUGGGGAGUGGGAAGAGGUGAGGAGGGGGAGAGGGAGUGAGGAGGCAUGUGGGUGGAUGAGAGUGGGAGGGAUGCUGGGCAGGGCUGUGUGCCUGAGGGCACACUGGCCAUCUGUAGCCACACCUACCUAUGUGGUCAAUGCACUGCCUGAACCAUGCUGUUCCUUCUCUGCUGCCUCACCUUGGACGUGCAGAACCACCCCAGCCUUGUGAGUGAGCUGGGGAUAAGGCAACAAAGCAGCAGGUGGCCUGUGGAAAGCAUAGGACUCGGAAGUCAAGUGGCCUCUGCCACAGUACCCCUAAACCCUAUCAAGGCUGUCAUUGUGGGUGUUGGGGAGGGUCCAUGACCCACUAGCACACUUUAGCAUUUAAGAGCAGGCAGGGACUGGGAAUAGUAGUGCCUUCCUGUAAUACCAGACUUCCAGGGGCCUGAGGCAGGAGGAUCUUAGGGCUAGCUUAGGCCAUAUUAGUGGACCACGGGAGGCAGCCUAGGAAGGGAGGCUGGGGGACAUGUGUAGACAAUGGGCUUAGAGCACCUCCUCCUCAUUCCCCAAAGCCUUUCACAGAACAUAAGGUGUCUGGAACCUCAGCAUCUGGUUAACCUGACCUUGGAAAAUGCCUCUGAGUGUCUGACCCAGCACUGACAGUGGCUGCCAGCCCCAGCCUUGGCAGGGGCCAGAACUCAACUGCGCUGUGGCAGCCUAUUCCUCUGGAGAUGCUAGCAGCUGCCUGCUUCAGGUCACCUCUCCCACUCCCGUGGAGCCCAGGCUGGGCCUGGGCAGGGAGAUGGACUUUGUGUAAGAUAGUGGGGAACUCCCCAGGGCAGGCCCCUCUGAGAUAUUUUGAAUAAAAUGCCCUGACAUUUCUCAUGAA